AUGACGCCAUUUACUUCCUCAUUGAAAACAUUUCAAAACGUCUCGAAAAAAUGACUAACAAGAUCAUUUGUCAAUUGUCAAAUAAGUCAUGAUGACAUAAACAAGUGAAAUUCAAAAUAAAAAAAAUUGUUGCUCAAAAAUUCAUUUUAAAUCGAGUCAUAGGAUAAAUAUGGAUAAUGAAAGAAGUUCGCCUAUUCAAGAAGACUCAGAUAACUCUGGUGAUAAUUUAGAAAUCGUAAUCGAAAAUGUGACAAGAAAGAGAAAACAGCCUCCUACGCCAACAGCUUCAGAAAAACGUAUCAUUGAAAGUAUAGAAGAUGAAUUGGAAAAGCGGUUAGAUGAAAAAGCUUUAAAGACUAAUCUAAAUGCCGUGCACGUAAAAAAUAUUAUCAAGCAUGUGGUUACCAAUGAAUAUGUGUUACAUUUAAUCAGGAAUGUUGAAAAUUCAGCAAGGGACCCUGAGGGUUCGGGUCUCGUAUUCGAACCCAAAUUAACCCGUUCUAAAGCAAAAGAGUUAUGUUCUUCUCUUGACACAUUACCUUCCGUGUCGUGGACUUCUCCAAAACCAAUAUCUGAAGUACAAGCAUUAUUUACAGAAGAUUUGCAAGAGGAUUCUUCAGGAGAUGAGUAUGUUCCAGGUAUUGGUGAUGAAGAAGGGGAAAAAGAAGAUGAGAGUGAAGAUGACCGGGAUAGCUCCUCAAUUUUCAGUGAUCCACCUUCUGUUGAGCCUCCUACCCCACCACCUGCACCAAGUUGUAGUGAUUCAUGUACCCAAACUAAUUGGACUGACGAUGGAAUAUUUAAAAUACCAUCCCUUCCAAGAGAUAAGGAAGAAACGACAGAUGAUGCAAACAUUGCUUUGCGAACUAGGUCAAAACUUUGUUUGAGUUCAACUCCUUUGGAGGAAAUAGAAGAAGCAUUUGUGCCUCCUGAUAUAACCACUGACAUGUAUGAAAUGGAAUGCGAUAAUGAAGAUUGGAUGAAUUUUCUAAAAACAUUCACCAGGCCUCUAGAUGAGAUCGUUAAGGCUCCAGAGGAGGAAGAUUUAGAUCCUGAGUAUAAUGUUCUAGCUGAUGAAGAGAUUGAUAAACCUGAUAAAGAAGAGUUAAGAGUUGACAAGGCUGUAAAAGUUAGCAGGAAGGAAUUAAAUGAUCUAAUGGCAGAACUCUAUGAAUUUUGCACAACUGAGCAAGCUUAUCUUAACACUAUGGAAGAUGAUGAGGAUAAAGGUGAAUCACAAUUUUCUCUUAGUCAGUUGACAAACACUACAUUGGAAACUUCAGAACUUAAUAAUUCUACAAUUGUUCCAGAUGAAACAUCAAUCACUGAAAAAAUCAAUAAAACUGAGACCACUAAUAUGUUUUGUGGUAUUCAAAUUUCUUUGCUUGAACAGCAGUUGAGACAACAUGUUCAAAUAUUGACUCAAAAUUAUUUAUUGACUUAUCAACAUCCAGAACUACAUUCCCAUUCAAGACAAUUGAAGGAAUAUUUGCUCAACCUUAAGUUUCUUGCUGGUGAUAAACAUACAUCUUUGUUUCGCACUUUAAAUUUGGAAAGUGCAAUAAACAUGAUCAAUUAUUAUGAUAAUUUAGUUUCUAGUGAUGUGGAAGAAGUAAAAGAAAUGAAAUUGCAUGUUGAAAGAGUAAUAUUUGAAUCGUUGAAAAAUAAACAGACCGGAAACGAAUAUAUUGUAACCUUCCCUGAACUAAUACUGAAAACUAUUUCAAACAGUGACAUAUUUUUGUAUCCGUCACUACUACCAAAAAUACCCUUCAAGACAGAACGAUUUUUCAAAAACUUUGUUUUCUUUUCAGAAUCAGAAAGCCAACUAAUAGCUAUGGGUUUGGAACAGUUUAUACCAAUAGCAUGUGAUGAAUUAGUAAAAGUCAAACAUAAACAUAAGCUGUUAAAGGUUGUUUCUGAGUACAUACAUGAAUACAUGUUGCCAAUCAAACAACCUCAUCAGAUUUUAAGGAAAAUCACGCAAUCUAACUUUACUAGAUGUGCUGAUAAUCCGAUUAAGUAUUAUUUCAAAAACGAAAAAGCACCAGUUUGUAUUCAGUAUGUUAUUCCUUUAGAGCAAUUGAAAGUAUUACCACCGUGUCAAAGAAAACCUGAAGAAUUGCCUCAUCAAUGGAAAAAUUAUAUUUAUCCACCAAAUAAAAAUUCUGCGAUUUCACCGAUAAGUACAUUUUUGGUGCAGCCGAUAACAAUAUCAACGAGUAAUAUACAGAAAACUCUGUUUUGCAAAGGACCAAUAUCUUCCUCUACUCCAGUUUGUCCUAAGAAAAGAGUAUCCAGAAUAAAAAGAGUAUCAAGAAGACGACAAUUAAUAAAACAGUCUAAUUGUUCUAAAUAUGACCCAAUAACAAAAUUUGUUAAAUGUAUAGGUAAAGUAUCCUCAAUUGAUAAAGUAUUAGAUUUAUUUUCAUUGGAUACAACACAUGAUUGUGAUGUUAAUAUUUCCAUCCACUCUAAAAUAGAAGAAAUUGAUAAAAUCAAUGAAACAGCGAGCCCUGGAAAGGAUAUUCAAGAUAAAAAUACAUUUGUAGAAAACAAAAUUAUCAAUAAACUAAGUCCAUAUCCCCCAAUGUUUCCUUCAAUGCCAAGUUUAUUUACCCCUGUCAAGAUUAAUUCACAGGAUGAAGAAGAAGACAAGGGUAUUCCUGUCAAAAGGGACAUAUCUUUAGAAAUUUCAGAAGAAGGAAUUACAAGCUUUCCAUCAUGUAGUUCUUUAAAUAUUUCAACUAAAACUUCAGAUUCCAGUGUUAAACAAGAUGUUAGCAUUCAAGAAACUAAAGUGGAGGCUACACUGAAGGACAAUCAAGAUGAUAUAAAUGCACUGUUGCUUGCAAGUUCUACUGUUAAAUCUACAAUCAAAAAAGAAAUUUCCGGCGCUGAUAAGAAAAAAGCCAAACAGAAAAAGGAAUUUCUAGCCAAUUUAAGCAUUUCCACUCCUGAAAGUAGAGAAAUUGAAAAACAAAAAAAUGAAAUGUUUGCCCUCGCUUAUUAUGAUAAGAUGCGCGAGACUCUGGAAAUCGAAUCUUACCACAAAGUAAUGCAAAUUCUAAACGAUUAUGAAGAAGGUGAUGCAGUAGAUCUUUACCGCAAAGUCGAAGUUAUUUUGAGACCCAAAUACAAAGAUCUAGCCGACGAAUUUCUUCUCUUUCUCAGAGAAAGAGAAGCCGCUGCUGUCGGACGAUUGAUACCUUGGAUCAGAAUGAAUAAUAGAUCAAAAUUUUUAAGAAAAUUGGAAAUUUUCUUCAAGGAUCAACCGUCCCAAUUAAAAAAGAUAUAUCAUUCUUUGACGGAAUUAUCACAAACAGUGGGCGUUUCAAUGGAAAAAAUCAAAACUACUUUGUUACCCAUGUUUAAGGGAAACGCGGUAAUAACGGAUUUGUUUUUACAAAACUUCAUGGAUGAAACUCCUCCUCCAAGUUUACUGGACGGUCCUUACGAGAACUUUGAUGUUAACAAAGAAAUGGCUAGGCCAGCCAAUGAAGAAUCUUUUGAAACGAUAGCAGUACCUGAUGUAUUUGAUAAAUAUGGCAAUCUCACUUGUAUCUGCAGUUGUCAUGAAAUAGAGGAUGCUGAAUUCAAGUCUAGAUACAGGCAUUGCACUAGAUGUGGUACAAAAUUCAUAAAUGGCAAAGUUUAUAUGGCAACUGGACGAGGAUUGAGACCAGCUAGAGUAUCAUUUUUAACAAGUCCAAAUGCAGAUCAUCAUUCAAGAUUAGCAGACAAAUCUUUGCUAAGCUUUAUUCAAAGAAAAAAGAGAUUGGACAGUAGUCCAUCUAAAACUAGUACGUCAUCUGCUAAGGAAAACCCGGAUGAGGAUACUGACGAAGAUGGAGAUAAAAAGAAAAAACCGAAACGGAAGCCGCCACAAAGAAGGACGAAAAAACAAAAAUCCACAGAAGAAACGGUAAAAGAACCACGAAAGUCGCCUGGAACCGGCAAGGGCAAAAACUUAAACAAAGAAUUCAAACAAACCACCCCGCGAAAAAGAGCAAAUUCCUUGAAAAAAAAUGCAACUAAAAAUGUUAAAACUGAACCAGUUAAAACUGAAAUAGAACAGCAAAAUGAAACGGAAUUAAAAGAACAUAAUGAACUGAAGUUAGAGGAUCAUAUUGAGAACGAAUUGGAACAACACAAUGAGACAGAACUAGAACAUAUUGAAGAAGCAGAAAUGGAAGAGCACGUAGAAGUGGAGGAAAAUAAAAGCUACUUGAAACCGGGUUCGAGUGAAGGUCAACAGAAGAGGUUACAUGAAGAAUCAUGUGAAGAAGGUGCUGGAGAGUCCUCAAAUGAAAUUAAACCGGGAAGCCCCGAACAACACACAGCAGAGUCAGAAAGUGAAUUUUGUGAGGAAUCAUCCCAAGAUAACUGUGAAUCGGACAGUAACUCCAGUACAACAUCUACUCCCAAAAGUUACGCCGAGAUGCUUGAACAAAAUUCUUCGUGGAAACGGGAAGAAGAUAAAAUUAUUUUGGAAGUAUUUCAAACGGAAAAUGAUAAAGAUCAUGCUUUUGUGGCCAUUGCGAAUCAAUUGUCGAACAGGACUGUAGAUGAAAUUAAAUCCAGGUUUGACACUUUGAUGGAUUUAUUGAUGAAAACUGUGGAAGAUCAUAGAGACUGAUUUUUGUGGUUGUGGUCAGUGUUUUAGCUCUUAAGUUUAAACUAUUGUAUAUAUUUAAAAUAAAUUAUUUUUUU